CAGAACUGACGCCCGCGAAGAAGAUGCGCGUGGAGCACUUUCCCACCGCGGAAAUGGCGCUGCGCUUUGCCGAAGCCUGAAGGGACCGACUUGUGCUCGCCAGUCGAUCGAAGCGUAUGAGUCGUGCUUUAAAAACGAGGGGCGGAUUAUGAGAGGAGACAAGCAAUCGGGAGAUUCGUCAAGGAAAACGACGCAUUUGUGGCCGCGAUAAAGCCGCCAACGUCCUCGGACAGUGAACAAUGCAUGACCUGACUGCCCAAGUCACCAGCAGCCUGCUGCCUUUCCCAGAAGUGACUAAAGAUGCUCUAGGGGAGGAUGAGAUCACACUAGACUCUGUGCUUCAUGGGAAGUUCACUGUUGGCCGCAGUGGGCUGGCCUGGCUGGCCUGUGGUCCCCAUUUGGAGGUUGUCCACGCAGUGACAGGAGAACGCCUGUCUGCGUACUGCUUCAGUGGCGGAGGCGAGCACCCACCCUGCGUACGGGCAGCCAGGGACUUCAGCUGGCUCAAACGGUCUGGAUUACUGGUUGGAUUGGAGGAAGCAGAGGGCAGUGUACUAUGCCUCUAUGACUUGGGACUGUCAAGGGUGGUUAAAGCGGUGGUUAUACCGGGCAGGAUUACAGCCAUUGAGCCAUUAGUAAGUUAUGGCGGAGCGAGCACCUCCACCCAGCAUCUUCACCAGAGUCUGCGCUGGUUCUUUGGUAUCGCUGCCGUAAUAACAGAUCUGGGUCAUGUUCUGCUUGUGGACCUCUGCCUGGAUGACCUGUCCUGUAGCCAAAGUGAACUGGAGUCUUCAGACCUGCAGGUAGUGACCAAAUCUCCUGCAGAGAUCCCCCGGUUGAGAGAAGUCAGCACCAGGCAGGGCCGCCAUCUUUGUCUCCAGCUUAAUGGCCCCAGUGGAGUUGGAGCCACGGCUCUGCAGUAUAUCUCCCGGACCAACCAGCUGGCAGUGGGAUUUUCAGAUGGAAACUUACGGCUGUGGAACAUGAAAACUCUGAAGAAGGAAUACCACUCCCAGUUAGAGGGUGGCAGGGUGCCUGUGCAUGCCUUCACCUUCCAGGAGCCAGAAAAUGACCCCAGGAACUGUUGCUACCUCUGGGCUGUGCAGUCCUCUCAGGACCUCGAGGGAGAUAUUGUCAGCCUCCGCCUGCUUCAGAUGGCCUUCAGUGAAAGGAAAUGUCUGUCUUCUGGCAAGAUCCUCUAUGAGGGUCUGGAGUACUGUGAGGAGCGGUACAGUCAGGAGUUGAGUGGCACAGCCUUCCCUCUCAGGGCCCACGCAACCAACACCCGCCUGCUGAGCUGCCGGACCAUCGAGAAGUUCCGACCCCACCCUGACCGGGAUGACAGCAUGAACGAAGUUGCAUCCCCGGACACUAGUGUGUCUAUCUUCAGCUGGCAAGUCAAGGCCUAUGGCCAGGGAACCCCUUCGACCUACAUCGGGGUUUUUGACAUCAACCGUUGGUAUCACGCCCAGAUGCCGGAUUCUUUGAGAACGGGAGAGUCUCUGCAAAAUUGUCCCUACCUGGCAGUUUGGUCUCUGGAGCCGGUGGUGCAGAUGGUGUCACAACAUGUCCUCCUGGAUGUCGUGGUGAACGACCGCAGCCUGAGCAGGGGUCUGCCCUUCACCUGCCCCCCUCCAGAACAGUACUUUAACCCAACCACGUAUAACUUUGAUGCUACGUGCCUGCUCAACUCUGGAAUUGUGCACUUAACCUGCUCUGGCUUUCAGAAAGAGACCCUGAGCUUUUUAAAGAAGGCUGCUCCUUGUUCCAGUGACAUCAUCUCCACUAGCUACUCCCGCUGCCUCAUGUCCGGCCUUCUCUCCUCCCGCCUGGCUGACACUCAGGCUUCCAGCCUCUCUCAGGAGGAGCAGCUGGAUGCCAUCUUGUCAACAGCGGUGGAGACCAGCUCGCUGGGAAUGAUCACUGGCUGUAUCAAGCAGUGGACUGCAGAAGAGCAACCAGGAUCUGCACUGAACCUGCGCUACAUUCUCGAUUGGGCCUGGAACAAAGUGGUUCAGACCAAGGAGGAACUCGAUGGCAUCUGUGCACCCUUGUUUGACAGCUCAUCCAACUUCACAGACCCUCAGACCCUGCAGCUGCUGCAGCACAGCCAGCGGCUGCUCAGUAACCUCAGUACCAUCUUCCACUGUCUGCUCAGUGAAGCCCAGGAGCUCACACAAAAAGGCUUGGUGGGUCUGAUAAAUAAGAACAUGGUGUCCAGUCUGAUUUCCAAGUACGCGCAGGUGGUGCUCUGGUUCUGUCGUACCGGUCUACUACCUGAAGGCUCAGACGAUGACGCUCUCCAGAUCUCUCGUCCUUUCUACACUCACUCGGUCAUCAGUAACUAUUAUACUAUACGCAGAGAGGAGCUCACUAGGCUGGCUAAGGGCAAGUGGUGCGCAGACUGCCUGAUGAUUGACGGUUUGGUAGGCCAGUGUGGGGAACGCUUGACCAACCUCUGGAAGAGAGAUGAGGGCGGUACUGGGAAAUAUCCACCACCUACAUUGCAUGCCCUGUUGGACAUUUAUCUACUGGAAAAUAUUGAUGAAGCUGCUAAAAAUGCAAUUGUGAUUUACCUGUUGCUCGAUGUUAUGUACUCCUUCCCCAAUAAGGAGGGAGCAUCAGUGGAGUCUUUCCCCCCAGCCUUUGCAAUCCCUAUUGGACUUGUGAAACUAGUACAAGGCCUCUGGCUGCUGGACCAUCGUGACCACCAGAGUUCUUUUGAGUUGCUCCUGCAUCCAGCUGCCUCUCAUUGUCAGUUCGAGUGGCAGCACGAGCGUGUCCUACAAGCACUGAUGUGCCAGAGCCAACACUCGGUAGCACUAAGAUACUUCCACGUUACAAAGCCGCCAAUUUCUUCUACCUCCCAGGCCAAGCUCUGUUUGUCUGUACUACUACACAACAGGUGUCUCGUAGAAGCGUGGUCGCUACUACGGCAGCACUCGAAUCGCCUCAACAUGGAAGAGCUGCUGGGCUUCAUGUAUGAGAGCUGCCAGGAGCUGGGCCUCAUUAAGGAGCUGCUCAAACUGCCCCUGGGCCUCACCGAGCAGGAGAGUUUGGAGAAGUUUCUCCAGGGUACAGGCGGUCUCCAGAACAGAGAACUACUGAUGGUCCAUUACCUUCAGCAGGCCAAGUACAUCCCCGCCCUGCAGCUCAACCACAGCCUCAAGAUGAACCUGGUGAAUGAGCGAGACCCAAAGCUUAAAGAGCGGUCCAACACCAGAAACUCAAUAUUGGAUCUUUAUGGCAAGGUGUUGCCCAAAGUCCAGAGGAAACUAGCAAUCGAGAGAGCAAAGCCCUACCAGCAUCCCUACGCUGUCCACCGAGAAGUUUGUCGGCCGCAGCCACUGUCGACCAUCAGCAAACGCUCCGCCAGCGAGAAGGUGAUGUCCAGGGCCGGCUUCAUCAACAACGUCCUGACCAAGAUUGAGGAGGUGUGGUUAGGCAAAGGAGCUACACCACUGUCCUCCCCAGCCAAGAGCUCCUGGUCAGCUGAUGCUCAAAGUCCCAAACCCUCCUCCAUGGUCCUUUCUGAUCCCUUCCUGGGAACUCCAAUUACCAAGAGCUCCAAACGGAGGUCAAGGCUGAUGGACCUGGUGGUUCACCCCUCCUGUCAGACCCCGCGGCCUCUUCUCAGUUCCCCCAGACCUCCAAGUUCCUGGGUUUCUCCAAAGAGCGUCAGCAAAGCCCCUGAACUCAGUCUGCUGCAAACACCGCAGGUCGUCAAGCGAGCUCGGGCCUUGGCUGCUUCUGGCCCCGUGUUCUCAGCCUUCACUCCCCAGUCCAUCCUGCGCAGCAGCCUAAGGCCCACACCGGUCGCCACCCCGUCUGCUUCUCCAGGACGCUCCAUCACCCCCCCACUCCGCAGCAAAGAGAGUCGGAUCACCUUCAUUGAAGAGGAAGAAUCUCCUGAACCGGCGAAAGGCAUCCGAUGGACCAAUGGGAUGGCAGCGGAAGGUGCGAUUAACCUGCUGACCAGAGGCUCCAUGCGAUCCAAGACUUCAAACAAGACCUGGUCCUCAAAGCCUGCCGAGAAGGAGGAAGAGGAACCGCCUCGUGUCAUGUCCUUGCCUCCAGAAGGGGGUAUCCCCUCCCCACAGCUGAGCUGCUUCGAGAGCAAGUCGCCCUCCAUCUACGAAGCCCCUGCAGGGACGAGGCCGUCGGAUGCAACCCAAGCACAACUCAGCCUCAGCUUUGACACCAGCGAGUUAUCCGUUCGUUCAACAGACACCACUUUAGAAUUUUAUGAUGCUCCUCUUCCGCAUACCUCGGAGGCCCAGGACGUGAAAGAGGUGCAUACAGCGGCAGAGAUGGAAGAUCAGGUGGUGACGGUGAACAUCAAAGGCCUAGCUGAAAAUAUGCAACCACCAGAAAGUACCUCAGCCCCCGCUGAGCAAACCCCUCUCCUCCUACUGACAUCUGAGGAUAUAGAGGGGGGGGAAGAGGAGGAGGAGGAGGAGGUGGAGGAGAAUGAAACCAUUGAGGACGUGAUUGAGAUUGGUCUUGAAGAGGAGAAUAAGAAUGAAGAACAUGUUCAGUCUGAAGAGCCGGAUGAGCUUCAGUCAAUUGAAGAUGCUGCAACGCUUCCCCAGGUGGAGAUUUCUAUUCCCCAUCAAGUUUGUAACCAGGUAUCUGAGACCACAGACUAUCAGACGGGUCCUGAAGUCGAAUCACCGGAUUUCCGAGUUGGACAGGAUGUCCAGACAGAAGCCACUGAAGCCACUGAAGCCACAAAAUUCACGGAGUAUCUGGAAAUAUCUGCAGCGCCUGAACCCACAAAUGAACCGGAAGAGGAUCUGGAGCAAUCAACAGAUCUGACCGAGUUUGUGCAGAGACAUUUGUUCGGCAACGAUUUCUCACUGACCCGCUCAGGGAUCCACAACACGUCGCAGACCCAAACGUCCUUCAACAAUGAGUCGCAAGGUGAGGUUGAAGAGGAGGUGCAGGCCGGUGUCGAAGCUCCAACAGUGUCCACCAACCCAAUAUCUACGGCCUCUGUGACCUCCUCUGAGCCAACUGGCACAGACUCCCACUCGGUUGUGAGUGUAAACGAUAGUGAAGAGCUUUCUAGCCCUGUGUCAGAGGAGGAGGAGGAGGAUGAGGAGUCUGAUCAAGCUGAAGAGGAGGAGGAGGACGAUGAAGAGGAGGAGGACAAUGACGAAGAAGAGGAGGAUUCUGGUAGUGAGGUGGAGAUCAUUGAAGAGGUCCAGGGUAAUGGGAGACUUCCACCCCUCCAGCCCGGUUCAGCCUUUGAACAGGGACACACCCACUUUCUGCCAAGUCUAUCAGAGCAGGAGGCUGCGGAGUUCUCUCUGAUAUCACCUGGGUUAGAGAUGAAGAUGGUAGAGGAGGACAUGGGUCAGGUGGUGAUGGUGAGGCUCGGGGCGGAUGAAGAAGGGAUGGAGGUCGGUGAUGAUGAAGAUCAAGGAUCAUCAUACUUGGAGCUGAAACCCUCGACUACUCUACUCGUACCCCUUGAGCUUGUGGAGGGAGAGGCUGGCCUUCUUGAAAGUUCUCAGCUGGGUCCUCCUGAGUUUCAGCAAGCCAUUGGGCCAGAUGACCCGAGGUCAGAAACCCCCAGCGGCUUUUCUCUGAUGCUGGAUUUAGACGAGGACCGGGAUGAAGAGGCAGACACGCUGCCUAUGGAGAAUGAGCUGCCGUCCUCCAGCCCUCCCAUCCUUUCCCCAGCAGUAGAGGCCAUGGACGACCUUGAGGACAAAUCUGAGGUUAAUCUUUUGGAAACUGAUGAUCAGGAUCCUCCUCAGUCUGGAGAAGUACCAGAAGAGGACGAGAGGAAAGAGAUGGCCACUGUGGAUGGAAUUGAGGUAGAUGGGAUAACUGAGUCAGAACUGUUUGACGUUCCAACUGAAAACACCAAAGCCAACCAUGAAGCAGAAGAUGCUAAAGAGCCGAGUGAUGCACAGUUUGUAAGGUUUGUUGAAGUCCAUGAACCUGCAGGUCUCUCAGUCACUGAGCCCACUCCGCUGGGAGAAGUCCCAGCAGUAAUGUUGGCUGAAGAUCAAGAACCUGACGCUCUCACACUCUCUGAACCAAGUCCAGGCGAAGAAGUCUCUGCAGUAUUAUUGGCUCACGACUGUGAACCUGAAUUUUUUUUGGUCUCUGGACCAAAUGCAGAUCAACAACUCCCAACAGAAGUGUUUGCUGAAGAUCAUGAACCUGAAGAUGUGUCCCUGUCUGCAACAAGUCCAGUGGGAGAACUCCCAGAAGAAGUGUUGGCCGAAGAUCAUGAACCUGAAGGUGUGUCACUCUCUGAAACAACUCCAGUCGGGGAAGUCGCCGCAUUACUGUUGGCUGACGUUCAAGAACCUGAAGUUCCUUUGGUCUCUGGGCCCACUCCGAUAGGAGCGCUCCAUGCAGUGGUGGAUGAAGAAGAUGCUCCUGCAGGGAAAGAUGCUGCAGAUGAGGACGACAACAAACCACCACCACCUACUGUGGACCAGGAAGAAACUGAAGCGAACGGGAAUGUUGAUAUGGACACAGAUAAAGCCCCCAGCACAGAGACAGCCACAGUCGUGGAGGACAAGCAGCAGGACAAUAAAGCUUUAGCGGGGACCGAAGAAGAUGUCGGGGAAGAAACUAAGAUGGAGAAUAAAACAAGAAGAACCACCAGGGGAAGACAGAGUAAAGAUACAGAUGUUAAAGAGGAGAAACUUGUGAUGGAGGAACAGCCUGUGCCGGAGACGCCCACGUCUCAGAGAAAAAAGAGAGCCCCUCCCACCCCAACACGGAGGACCACGAGAGGGAGAACAGUCACGUUCAUCUCCCCCCUCGCUGAGGAGCCCGAGGAGGAUGGGACAAAUGAGGAGUUAGGAACAAGCGCAAUUUUACUCGCGUCUCCUAGUCGCACACCCAGAAAGCGUAAACAGAACAAAGAGACUAACGUCCAAGCGAGCACGCCUCGAAGAAGCGCCCGCAACGCUCCGCUACAGCUUCCUCAAGACCAGAUCGAAGAGGAUGACGCCAUGGAUCACGACACCGCAGUUGUAUCAACCUCCAGGGCCUCCUCUCCAGCCAGACGACAGGUUUCCCACAGGGCCUCUACCAGGACCGGUCCAAGGACCCAGAGCGAAGACGACGAGGAACCAGAGGGCGAGGUCAAAGGUACAAAAGCCUCUCGACGAACGAGCUCCAGGACUCCCACACCGGCCAAACGCAGGACCACUCAGGGAGACACUCCGAGGAGGUCCAGCAGGAGACCAUUAAGUACCAGCGAGGCAAAGCCAACGACAUUAGAGAUGUUGGAAGAGGAGGAGAAACAGGAGGAGGACUUUGCUUCCCCCGUCAAACUUGACUCCAAGGAAAGCCGUACAGAACCCGCAGAGGCGCAGCCAUCCGUGCUAGAGGAGGAAGAGGAGGAGGAAAGGAAAAAGCCUGCCAGCCCCGGCAGGGCGACUCGACAGUCCAACCGGAUCACCCUUAAUGUUUAUCCACAAGUGAAACUGGUGCCUGUAUUACUUCCUCAGAGUGCCAAGAAGAUACGAGGAGAGACUACAGUAGAAAAUGUAAAAGAAAGCAGCGUUUUACUUCAACCAGAACUCGACAGCAGCAACUCCCGUCGGCCGACUCGAAGCAAACUCUGGGAUCACCCGGAGGAAGAGCAUCCCUUACUGGAUUCACCAUUGGAGGUGGAUUCUGAAACCCCUGUCGCUGACGCCCUCAUCAAGAGACUUCAGGAUGAGGAAGCGAAAGAGGAAGGAGGACUAGUCCUCACAAAGAUGCUGAGAACCAGCAAGAGGAGUACAAAGUCGUCAGUGGGGGAGGUUCACUCGCUGCUUCCUCUGAAGGACGACCUUGACCCUGAACCCGAAGAGUCGAGCCCAGGCGAGCAUUCGUUCAUCUACUCCCCCUCGCGAAGGAAAACCAGAGCUAACAGAGCAGAAUCUCCUUUCCCGAGUGAAGAGUCCACGGCACCAGUGACCCGCAGCAGGAGAAGAGUCGGCAAAGAGUCUUCUGCUGCUCCUCAUCAGGAAAUUGCUUCAGAAGAGGAUCUUGUAGAAGUGGAGAAAGCACAAGGUGUUUCUAAGACCAGCAAAGCGGGCAAAAGAGCAGCAAAAUCCAAAGCGGUUUUGGAGCCGCCUCCCGUUGCAGAGGUGCACCUGAUCUCACCUCUGCCCAGCCCAGCCGAGCCCAUCCCGCGCGCGCUGAAGAGGAUUAUAGAGGGAGAGGCCCCGACCUCCAGCAUGAACCUGCGACGCAAGCGCGUAAUGGACACCGUUUUAAAAAAACCUGUGACCCGGAGGAAGAAACUUUAAGGAGGUUGGUGGUGGUUUUCACCAGUGAUCCUCAGACGGCCACCACACAAAUGGAAGCAACUCUGUCGGGAGCUGUCGAAUAAAAGUGUAUGCUUAAACUCUAGAUGGUUCUAUUCCCUCAAAGGCCUCACAUUGCGGUGGUUCGAUUUGUACUAUCAGGACAAUUUUAAAAAAGCAAUGUAAGAGUAAAAAUCUAUUUUUUUGAGCAAAACACACUUCGAUAGCCGUGUGAGCGAGCAUUUAUUUUUGGAGUACACAUCGCGCUCGUACGAACUGGAUUUCACUUGAUAACGUAUCUGUUGCCAUUUGGUGUCGGAGACUUUGCAACGCUCCUCGUAAUCCACGUAAUUCUCUGGACACAAAAGUAAUUGUCGAUUGAUUUUCGAAGCUGCCAUAAAUAAAACCAGAGAGACUGAACAGAACCCGCAUCUAAUAAUAGGUUUUAUUCACAUUCUCUUAAUUGUUAUUCUUUGGGUUAUUUUACCUUUUUAGAUUUUGAGGCCUGUUGCUUUUCUAUUUGAGAAAAGAAAAGCAACCAACUGAGUGAAGGUGAAACAUUUUUACACAUUUGUAUAUAGUCUUUUGCUAUGUUCCAAAUAAAGUUAAUAAAUACAUCCGGAAGAAUUACGCUCUUUUUGAAAUUUGAAGUGUCUUGAAUGUGUUUGAUCAUCUAUUUAGAUUUGCCUGUGCCGUAAUCUUACAAUUUCAGUCGAUCUGUGUAAUCUUCUGUGAGCUAGGCAUAGUGUGACGGAAGCAAAAAGACCUGCACCACGGUGUAGAGUUUUGGGACAUGUUAAUAGGCUUUGAUUCAUUUAACGUCAACCACCAUCUGACACAGGCUAUUUUCUGAUGAAUGUAUGUAGAAUGUCUUAUUUUUGAUGACUGCUCUUUGAUAAAUAUGUUAACGCUUGAAUACUGUG